CCACAACCAGGAACUUCCGUCAAGCCCAGGUGAGAGGUGCCAGGAGGCUGCCUGGGUCCCCAACAGGGAUAUAUGUCCAAAUGGCCUUGCCACAAGGACUCUUUAUCCUCAAAGCUCUGCUCCUCCUGGAGGCUUCUUAGACUCUAAAAGGUCAGUCCUAGCCAUCUUGUCAGCCAUCUCAGCAAGGGCUGACUGGGUGGAACAGCAAAGCAGAGGAGAAUCCUGAGUGUGGGGCCCAGUGCCAGGUGUGGAGCCUGGAGCCCGGCACCAGAGGAAGACGAAGGUGGAGACAAGCAGCUGGAGCGCAGCCAGAGCCGAGACUGAGGCCUGAACUAGGGGCGGGGCCUCAGGCACAGGCAAGUGCCACGAGCUGAAAAGGAGGCAGACGGCAAGGACAGAGGAAGCCGGGGGUUUUCCGACCAGAGGGCGGAGCCAAGAGCUGAGAGGGGUAGUGAUCGGACCCAGGAGGAACUUAGGCCCGGAGGGGGACCACUCUCUAGGACAGAGUCCGGGAGGUCUCAGGCCGACCAAGCCGAGUGGCAUGAAAGGGUGGGGCUGAGCCCGAAGGUAUCGUCUGUGUCUGGGAGCCUUCGUGUGCACCGGCUGUCCCCAAUGGGCCGUAUCGCGGUGGUGGUGGACCAGGGCUCAGGCUUCACUAAGGCGGGCUUUGCGGGUGAGAACCGGCCGCGCAUAGUGCUGAAGAGCUCCAGCCUGGUGCCCAGCUGGGAUCGGCCGGUGCUGCCCGGCACCCCGGGCUGCGAGCUGGCGGGCGGCGUGGCGCGGGCGCACCCCAUCAAGCACGGUGUCGUGGUGGACUGGGAGGCCCUGGAGGGGCUGUGGGAGCGCCUGCUGGUGGGCGGCCUGCGGGUGUGCCCGGAGCAGUGGCCCGUGCUGGUGAGCGCCUCGCCGUCGGCGCCGCCCUCGAGCCGCGAAAGGGUAGCGGAGCUGCUGUUCGAGACGCUGACAGUGCCCGCGUGCCACAUGGCCAGCACCGCGUUGCUGGCGCUCUGCUCCACCGGCGCGUUCAGUGGGCUGGCCGUGGAGGCAGGCGCGGGCGUGUGCCACGCCACGCCCAUCUACGCAGGUCACUCGUGGCAUCAGGCCACUUUCCGGCUGAACGUGGCGGGCAGCACCCUAUCGCGCCAUCUACGGGACCUGCUGCUGGCGGCGGACCCUGAGCUCUCGCAGAAGGCCCUGCCCCGUAAGGCCAUCACGCAUCUCAAGAAGCGCAGCUGCUAUGUGUCUCUGGACUUCGAGGGCGACCUCCGCGACCCCGCCCGCCACCAUCCGGCCAGUUUCAGCACCGGUAACGGGUGCUGCGUCUGCCUCGGCAGCGAGCGCUUCCGCUGCCCCGAACCCAUCUUCCAGCCGGGCCUGCUGGGCCGGGAUGAGCCGGGGCUGCCUGCGCUGGCCUUCCGGGCGCUGCAGAAAAUGCCCCAAAUGCUGCGGACACGGCUGGCCGGCACCGUGGUGCUGGCCGGCGGCUCCACGCUAUUUCCUGGCUUCGCCGAACGUCUGGACAAGGAGUUGGAGGCGCAGUGCCGGCGACACGGCUACGCGGCCCUGCGGCCCCACCUGGUGGCCAAGCAUGGGCGUGGCAUGGCUGUGUGGACCGGCGGCUCCAUGGUGGCCUCGCUGCACCCCUUCCGGCGCCGCUGGAUAACCCGGGCCAUGUACCAGGAGUGUGGCUCCAGGCUGCUGUAUGAUGUGUUCAACUGAGUUAGGCUGGACUGGGGUGGGGGUGGGGCACCGCGGUGGAGGGCAGCUCUCUAUCUAAGUCUCAAGUGUUUGGAGCUGGCAGGGUCUUCCUGAAGCUUGGCGCUGACUGGACAGGUCACCCCCAUACCCUUUCUGGGCCAGGAGGAGGUGUUUGGGACCCAUGGGACCCUCAUUUUGAACUGCAGUUUGAAUCUUCCCAACCACUGCCAGUUCAGAGAAUGCCAGUCUAGCUGCCCACCCCCAAGCCCUACUUCAUGGCAAUAAAGGUGAUGCCCUCACCUGUCUCCAUGACACAGAUAUGGGAGUUCCUCCAACCUGUCGUCAUGUACCGUUUGGACACAUAUCCCAUGCCAGGCCCCAAGGGACAAUCCUUUGAAAAGCUACUAAAUCUCAUGUGAAAAUCACCAGGAGGAGCCCUGUGCCCCGCUGUGUGCACAGGUGAUUGUUGACUGAGUGCCUCGGUUUCCCCUUCUGUAAAAAGUGGGGUCAGGCACAAUCCCGGGCCUGCUCACUGUUCCUUCCUCACCCCCCUAUUUUUUGAGAUGGAGUCUCACUCUGUCAUCCAGGCUGCAGUACAGUGGUGCAAUCUCAGCUCACCGGAGCUUCCACCUCCCAGGUUCAAGUGAUUCUCCAGCACUGGCCUCUCAAGUAACUGAGAUUACAGACGCGCGCCACCAUGCCUGGCUAAUUUUUUUGUAUUUUUGAUAGAGAAGGGGUUUUGCCAUGGUGGCCAGGCUGUUCUUGAACUCCUGACCUUGUGAUUCGCCUGCUUCAUCCUCCCAAAGUGCUGGGAUUACAGGCUUGAGCCACCACCCCCAGUCUGCUCCCUCCCCCUUACAAGAGCUAUGGAGCAAAGGGAGGUGAUGGUAUUUCUUGAACACACAAAGGGGAGGACUUAUUUUCUGAAGUCCCCACUCAAGGGACUCAAGCCCCAGAUGUCAGCACUGUUUGUGCUUGUGCAGAUACACGUCCACAUGUACACACAAACACAUGGGUGCUCACGUACCUGCCUACUCACGUAUGUCCUCAGCCAGGCGCUGCCCUGUGAACAUGUGAGCACAGCCUCCCACGCCUAGCCCAGCCCUGCAUGAUACCCAUCACAGCUGUGAGGGGCCAGUAACAAAAGCAACAGCAGCCCCUAGUAUGCAGCACCUACUGUGUGCCAGACAUUCUUCUCGGUGCUGGAAACAGAACAACACAGACAAAAGCCCCGCCUUCGUUCUCACUCAUCACAAUGAUGUAUGGAGGGUAACUCUAUUGUUAUGAUAGCUUAUAGUUGAAAAAACAGGCCCAGAGAGGUCAAGGGGCACAGCUACAAAGUGGGAGAGCCAGGAUUUGAACCCAAGCCCCUAGCUCCAUAACCCUGAGUCAAGACUGUGGAGGAUCCCACAGGACAGCAGACACCUGCUGCCUCACAGUGGCCCCCCACCAUCAGCCACUCCACUCACCAGCUUGGUGGUGUCCAUGGCAACGAGCACUGCACGGUUCAGCGAUUCCAAUGCAGCCAGCACUGGCCGGUAGACGCCCAGGUGCUCUGAGAAGUAGUCUGUGGGCAGAAGAGGUGCUCAAGGGUUCCUGGACCCCCACCCAUCUACCUGGGAUUCUGGCCCCCUGGAAAUCCUCAGCAGUCAAGCAGGUCUUGUAAACUGAGCCCAGCCCAACCUGUCCCAUCAGGAGACCAGCCCCUUGCCACACCUACCCUGGGACCCAGGGGCCCUGGGAGACAAGAGCUCCCGUGGGCCUACUUACCACACAGUUUUUCCGUUUCUAAAUUGCUGCAGGGAAAAGAGAAGGCACCCUUCAGACCUUUAGAAUUGGGCCUAGUAAACUGGGACUGAUGGGGCCAAUGCCCCACCUGCCACCCCACCAACUCCCAGCUCAGCCUAACAAGGAGGCCACUUCUGCUCUGCCCCAGAUCAAGUUGUUCCGGUGGACAGUCCUGGCAGGGUCAGAGAAUGGGUUCUACUGCCCCCACCAAUCACUCUAAGGGCAAAGAUUCAGACCCAUUCUUGGCCUCCAAGAGGAUUUCAGGCCAGGGGAAGACAGAUGUGGACACAGGCCAGCGAGAAGUGGUCAGAGCUGCAGGGCGGAAGCCAGGAACCAAGGCAGCAGAGGACACAGCGGGGUAAAGACAACCUGACCUCACAUCUACCCACAGCCCCUCUCAUACUCACUCGGUGAUGUGCCCAUCAAUGCCACUGAACAGUUCCCGUAGCUCCCCCGGGCUAAGAACCCCAUCGGCAAAGUAAUUCUGGAAUUCCUCAAAUGAGAGCUUCCCAUCAUCUGGUGGCAGGGGGAGGACAAGGAGCAGAGGAGGUAUCCCUGACCCUGACUGCACUGAGGCACCAGGUCCAGGGUCCCAAGAGCCUCGUAGCACCUGACCGCCACCUAGCCUGGUGGGAUGGGAAUCUGAGCUCUGUGGGGGACCUGACUGUUGAGGACAAAAGGACUGGGGUUCUCAAAGGUGACCGCUGAAGGCAACAGAAUCUACUUUGCAGGCACCCAAGGGACAGGGCAGUAUGUGCAUAGCCCUGGGUAGGAACUCAGUAACUCGUUGCCAAAUGAAAAAACAAGCAACAGGCUAGGACCUGGCCAGAGUGUGGCAGGGCCUAGAUGUCACCUGAAAGGACUUAGGUACCAGCCUCGCUGUAAGGCACAAGGAACUUCCAUGCUUUGGACCCAGGACCUUCGCAGAGAAGCCAGGGGGAGGCAGAUGGAACCUUCCUACUAGUUGGAGCCUCUGCAAGCAGCAGCAGGCUGGCUUAGAAGGGAAUGAGCUCCCCAUCACAGGGGCAUGUGAGCAGAGGCUGGGAGCAUUUAUGUGGGACAAUCAGACAUGGGAUUUGGCCUGAAUGAUGUGUGAGGUCUCUGGGCAGAUGGGUGGGGGGAGCUGAGCCAGGGGACGGUCUGAAUCUCCCCAGAGAGAAUGACCUGGUCCAAGUGAGAGCAAGUGUCCUGAUCAAUGGGGUGGGACAAACAAUUCCCAUCAGUUUGAAGAAACCUAAGGAGAAGGGGCAAGGAGUGGGGACAGGACCCCAUCUUUAGGAGGAUGAAACACAAGAGGGUGUGAAGACCCAGAUGAAAGGAGCCCCAGGCUGACUGCGAAGCUCAGACCCUCUACUGGCCACACAGGGCACAGCCGGCUGCUCCAAGUCACUGGGAGAGCAGGCUGCUGCUGGCUGGGUCAUGUAGGGAUCCUGCUAUAGCUUCCAAGGUUCUCCCAGGCCAGGGUCUGAGACUGACCAGGACCCAAGGCAGGAGGAGCUGACUCCCGGACCCAGCUUUAUCCUUGCCCAAGGCGUGGGUUCAGUUGUGUCCUCCACAACCUCCCUGGUCCAGACGAUUGGUCACAUGACAAGUUACUGAUAAAAACCUGAGUACAAUCUCCAAAGAGACCUCAUCUCCAUUACCUCACUCGUCCAAGUGUCUCACACAAGGAGCCUGGGACUAAACGCCGCAGAGGCCCAAGUUCAAGCCUAUCAGUUAAAGGCUGUGUGACCUUAGGCAACCUGCUUCAUCUCUCUGGGCUUCUGCUCCUUUGUAAAAUAGGGUGAAUUCCAAUCUAGUUGGUGGUUGUGAGGGCAACGUGAGGCCAUGUACAGGAAAUGUGCACCACUGUGCCAGGGUGCUGUGUGAGAGUCAGCCUCUGGCCCAACCACAUUCCCUCCACUCUCAGUCCUGUCAAACUUGGCUGAGAACAGCACUUCCUCUGGGAAGGAUGCCUUGAGUGAUUCUCCUGUUUUGGGCCCCCAAGAUUUGUUUCGACUCUAGAUUUCCCACCCAACCUCCCAACUCUCCCCGGGCCUCCUGGAUGCCUCCCACCUUGCCCCCCACCAUGGGACCCAGGGGAAGCCACACUCACCAUUCUUGUCUGCUCUGCGGAAAACCUAGAGGUAAAGGGACAUGGGGGGAGCUGUGAGUGCCAUCCGGGAAGCCAGAGGCCCCCACCUAACCCGACAGUGGCCCAGCUGGCCGGCCUACCCCCUGCCUCGCCUUUCUUUCUGCUCAGCCUGGCCCCAAACCCCUGCCCAGCUCAGCCCUGCAGGAGCUUUUCCUGCAAGCGGGGCACAGGAAGAGCACGCAGUGGGUGCCACCCCCGCUCACUUCUCCUGCAGGGCCUGGCCUUGUGGGGGGUGCGCCUGGCCAGCUCCCUGUGUCCCCACCUCCCACACCCAGUGCAGCCCGAGCUCUAUCUGAUGCAUCAGCCCUGGCACAGUCCCAGCUUGAGGAAGGUUGAGGGGAUGGGCCAGGUUGCAGCCCAGGAAUCCUGCACAACCAUCCUAGAACUAAGCCCUGAGCUCUGCUGUGUGGCCAUGGUCUAUCCCAGUUGCCCUCUCUGAGCUGUUUCCUUGCAUGCUGUUGAAGACCCACAGCAGGCAGUGGCUACUCUGUCUCUGCAGGUGCCUGAGUUUCCACUGGCAGCUGGGGGUUAACCCUUUCAGGGCCAGGGCCUCCUAUGGGGCUGACUGUGAGGAACUUCGGUAGGCGUGUGUGUACACACACGUGCAAGUGGGAGUGGGGGUGGCAAAAGAUGAGGUCGUAAGAUUUCACUUAGAAGUGGAGAAGAGCAACAGAGGCAGAGAGGAGCAGAGUCAUGACAGGUCCCCAUCCCUCUCAGUGAACUGCUUGGUCACCCCAAGCAGCCCAGCAAAGGGGAGACUGGCAGGCCUGGCAAGCAGGGUGGGCCAAGCCUGGACCGAGAGCCCCCAUGAACUCCAGGUCCUGAAUGCCAACACCCUCCAGGGUCCUGUUUUCUCAGGGUCAGCAGGGCUCAGGAAAGACUCUAACCUCUAGCCUAACUCAGAGAAGGUCUCCCCUGGCUGAGGGGCACACAGCAAGCCAGGGAGGCCCGGGCGGGGUAGAUGGAGUACUGCGUGCAGGGAGGGGUGCUAGGCUGGGAAUGGAGACACCUGGGGUCACCCUAUUGCACUCCUGCCUCCAUUACUGACCUGGGACAUACCCCCUCAGGCCUUGGUUUUCCUACCUGGGAAAAGGGAGGGUCCAGUCCCUUCCAGCCAGGGCUGUGGUCAAGGUGCUGAGUCACUAGGGGAAGUGGGGAGGGGGCGGGAGACAGCCUUGCCCCCCUCUGGAGCUGGGGCAUAAGGGGGCCAGGACAGAGCCAAGCACAGGGGUAAAUGAUGGAGAAAGGCUCAGGGCCCUGACUGGUGCCCAUGGGGGCUACGAGUCCACCCAUGACUUCAUGGGAGGGUUGACUCUGAGCAGCUCUUACCAACUGUAGAACUCUGCUGCCCUGCAGUGGGGACUGAGGGACUCGAGGAAGAGGGGCGGCACUAGAGUCAGGAGUGAGGGGCCCCUCGUACUUCCAGCCUCCCCUUCCCAAGUCAGCCCAGUCUGGGCUGCCAGAGUGGGGUGACCGCUGCUGUGACUGCCGACAGCGCCCCCCCAACACCAGAUACACAGAUGGGGUGGGCUGCGGGGUGUGGGGGGCGGCAGGGGCAGCGACACUGGAGCAGGGACAAGGGGAGACAUGGAGAGACAGAGAGAGACCACAGGCGACACAAAGGCAGAGGGGUCCAGAGACAGACAUCAGGGGCAGAGUAAGGGGCAGAGACCCAGAGACAGCAGAGGGGCCCGAACAGCCCCGGAGGGGGAGACCGACAGAGCCUCGGGCUGGAGACACAGCGAGCAGAGCCCGCGCCCACUCACGUCCUGGAAGAGCGCGUGUCCGGCGGGCUCCGCGUCGGGCGCGAGCUGGGGACGUCGCAGGGGCUGGGGCUGGGGCGCGGGCGGCCGGAGCAGGCACACGGUGAGUAGCCCCGCGCAUGCCAUGGCGCCGCCGCCCGCUCGCUGGGGCUCGGCUGCGGUCGCUCCCAGCCCUGGACGCCGCCGCGGACUCUGGGGGGGGGGGCUGGGGGCCGCCCCUUUGGCGCCGGCGCCGACGCGCGGGUUCAGGCCCCGCCCCCGCCCCGCCCAGCCCCCGCCGACGCCGGGUUCUCUCGCCGCAAGGGCCAACUCCAGUCCCGCGGGCCUCCGCGCUUCAGCGACCACGGCGAGGGGGAAGCGACCUGCCGAGAGCAGAACCAAGGGGCUGCGCGCCCACCCGGAGGGGAAGAGUGACCAAGUCAGUGCCGAAGUCAGGGUGACGCGCGUGGGUAAAACCCACCAGGACUUCCCCACUCGGGGUGUCUGUAUCCUCAUCUGCAAAAAUGGUACCGGCAGUCACCCUACGGGAUUGUUGGGACUCAUCCAACGUCAAGUGUUUACAACGGAGGCCGGCUCGGAGGCGGCCAACUCCCAGGCAUCCCGACGCCAGCCCCCUGUGGCACUCGGCACGGUCCUUGCCCCUCUCCUCGGCGACUCGUUCUCCGCACAGCAGCCAGGGGGAGCUUUCAAAAUGCUAGGAGGUGUCACUAGGGACUCCCUGGCCCCUGAAUGAAAGCUCAGGAUGGAACGCUGACCCUCACCUCAGGCCUGCGGCCACCGCUUUCUCUCCGCCUUGUCCCGCUCCCUCCUGCUCAGGGCCUUUGCCCAUCGUGUUCUCUGCUGGGUGUGCUUGGUGUUUUCUUACUCUGGUUAACUCCUGGUUAUUCUACAGCGCUCAGCUCAAGCACCACCCUUUCCAGGAAGCCUGAUUUUUCAUUUGUGCAAAUCUCCUUUGGACCCUGAGAGCACCAUGAAGGGAGGUAACACCUGUGUCCCCAGAAAUUUUAAAUACCUGACACAAAACCAGUCCAUGGUAUUUGCUGCAUGUUUACUAAGGCCCAGAAGCGUCUGGAAGGAAGACAGCAAACUGAGCACAGUGGCCUCUAGGGCUGGGGAGAAGAGGUCACUCAUUACUCUGCACUUCGGGCAGCACUGACUAGCAUUCUUGGCUUUCUACAGCAAAAACCUUUACUGGAUCGGCUUUUCAGUUAGGACCAAAAUAGCGAUGAAGCUGACCUUUCUUAGAAUUAUGAGGCUCAAAUCAAAUCCGGGAGAAGGGAAGUGGAGAAUGCGCAUUUCCCCAGCAACUUUGGCCUUUCCCGCCCCGAACUGUUCCCAACAGAGUCCCAAAACCCAGCCCAAACAUCAUCAAAAUAUUUAUUAAAACCAAAGCAGGAGGGAACAGCUGUUAGGAAGCAAAUCAAAGUGCAGAUUGGAGGGUGGGGUAGAGCAGUGGGGAGGCAGGCGCUUCAGACACCACAGGAGGGACCACAGGUCUGGGCAGGGAGCGGGGGAGGCCGUCACCACCCCACCUGCCCACUACAUCAGUGAAGGUCCCCCACUCACCUCUCCCAUCUUAAAUCCAUCCUGGGGGGCAGCUGGGGCCCCGAACUGGCCCCCUGGAGAGGGCCUGCCCCACCAUCCGUCUACCCAUGGCUGUCAGUCAGUCUGUCUCCCUCCCUCACUUUCCCAAUAAAUAAAUCACCCAGGC